AGAAAAAAAAAAAGUGUCUUUGGAAACCACCGAGAGAGGGAUCCUUUUGUAGCCUUUCGGUGCUUCAAUUCAACUGCUUUCAUUCCCUUUACUCAUCUUUUUGUUUUCUGAUGAUAACUUCCAACAAUGGAAUCAAUCUCAAUUGUCACUCUGCUUCGCUAUCCAUAAUCGAUCACACCCCUGAUUUCCCAGUAUAUAUAAAAGACGCCCAUGGCUCAGACAAAAAGAAAAGCUAAGCCUGCAAUUUCUGACUUUUCCCACCGUUUCCUUCCUUUUUGACUCCAAAUCUGUGACAUUCUUUGCAGCUUGUUUUUCAAACUUUUUUAGCGGCUGGUCUGAAACGAAACCCAACAUUUUAAACUGCUCCACUUCCUCAGAUAUAGAUUUGGUUGCUGUCUCAUAAGCCAUGGCCAUCGAUGUCUGCUCGGAGAUUUCCAGCGCAGGAAUCAGCCCCAGAAUCUCGUUUUCCCAUGAUCUGAACCAGACAGAUGUUUUGCCAAAUGAAGAUCAUCGCCGGCGCUCGGACCUGACCCUCUUGGAUUCCGGCUCCGACUUCGUUUUCUGCAUUGGCAGUAGCUUUGUGCAGGAGCUGUCUCCGGCUGACGAGCUUUUCUCCAACGGCAAGAUCCGCGCUAAAGAAAUCAAGCAAAAUGUCACAAACCCAGAUGAAGUUCGCGGAUCUGACCCUGUUUCUUCUUGUUCUUUGCCUUCUUGUACUGUAAAUACAGAAAAGAAGAGGCUAAAAGAGUUCUUGUCCGGCAGUUUUGACGUGGAAGAAAAGCCUCCAUCAAAAUCUUUCUGGCAGUUCAAGAGAAGUAGCAGCCUCAACUGUGAUAGCGCAAGAAGCCGAAGCUUAAUCCGCUCAUUACAAUUCUUGUCCAGAAGCAAUUCAACCGGUUCUGCUCCGAAUUCAAAACAAACAAAUCUUUCAAAGGAAACCCAGAAGCCGAAUUUGCAGAAACAACCGUCGGUGUCAAGUAGAAAGUCAUCGGCAUCAUGUCCGAGUACAUAUUAUUAUUCAUAUAGUUCGUCACAGAGGCCUUCGUUAAAGAAGAAUUCUGGAUCUUAUGGCAAUGGAGUUCGAAUUAGUCCAGUAUUGAACCUUGCACCGCCGUACAUUUCCAAAGUAACUGUAAGUUUUUUCGGAUUUGGUUCUCUCUUCUGUAAUGGUAAGGUUAAAAAGAAGAAGAAAUGAUGUUCAUGGCUUCUUUCAUGGUUCAUGUUCAAGUACUGAUGGAUUUAGCUGUCAUUCAAUCACUCUGUUUCAUGAACCAGCAUGUGAUCAGACUCUGUAAAUUCAAAGAAUUUUUUACUGAAAAUGAAAAUAGUCUUUAGAAAUUAAAUGGAGUGUCAUAAAUCACAAUUUUUUUUUUUUUUCACCUUCCUUUGGGAAGAGUGAAGACUACAGUGGGAGGAUUGGAUGGGCAGUAAUUUUCAUGCACAUCAACAUGUUAUGGGCUUGGGAGACAGAGAAACAAGGCUUCCUUCUUUUGUGGCUCUCCGAUCCUAUGCUUUUUCUCUCUUUUUAUCUUUUGAAUUCUUUGUCAAUAUUUAAUGUGAUUGUCUUUUG